AUGGCUCCCGCUGGCGGCGGGGACAGCCCCUGCGCCUCAGCCCGGGCUCCCAGAAAAGCCUACCUGGACGCCCUGGCGGGGCUUUCAGACGACAGCGAGGAGGGCAGCAGCAGCAGUGGCAGUGAUGCAGAGCAGGAAGGCGGCCCCGGCAGCAAGGAGGGCGGCAAGGGGCGCGCCGCCGCCGACGCCGCAGGCCCCGCCGCCAAGCGCCAGAGGCAGCAGAUCGAUUUGGAGACGCUGAAGCAGCAUGGGUACCAGGGAGGGCCCAGCGUGCUGUUUGUGCCAAACAAGCACGACGAUGGAGAGCAGAAUUGGGCUUGGGGUUCAGGCACAACGCACAGGGGCGGGGAGGAGCAGGAGGAGACCUUUGAGGAGCGGGAGGCCAACCGCGAGGCAGUGACGCUGCGGGCAGAGGAGUCUGCGAUGUAUGCGCGGCGUGCGGUGGAGCAGGCGGAACUGCUGCGGCAGCAGAAGCGGGAGGAGCAGCAGCGGCUGAAGGGGGACAAGAAGUUUAGCUGGAAUCAAAAGGAGAAGAAGAAGCGGGACGAGGGCAAGGCCAGCCGGGGCAAGAGCUAUGUGGAGGAGGAGAAGCGGAGGGCGAGAGAGUUUGGCAUCGUGUCUGGCUUUGACUGA